AUGCAACUACGUUGUUUGAGGCACCGGCUUCUACUGGCCUUGUCCAGUUUAGUCAUCGUCGAUGCUCAAGAGCAUUUCGACCCAAGAGAGGCCACAAUAGCUUCUGUCCAUAAUGCAUUGUAUUCUGGCACGAGCUGUCGGAGUAUCGUCUCUGCUUUCCUGUCACGCAUUGAAGCCUUGGACCACGGAUACGUUAACUCCAUUAUAUCUCUGGAUCCCGAAUCUCUUUCAAUCGCAUCACGACAAGAUGCACUGCUCGCUAGCAAGAAUGCCGGCAUAGGCCCGCUGUACUGCGUCCCCGUGCUUUUGAAGGACAAUCUUGACACUGCAUCUCUGCCAACUACCAGUGGAAGCCUUGCUCUUGCUGACUCGAGGCCUUCGGUUGAUGCUGCGGUCGUCAAAGCGCUCAAAGAUGCAGGUGCUAUCAUCUUGGGCAAAACAAAUCUUCAGGAGCUCGCAUUGGAAGGAAUCUCGGUAUCCUCUCUUGGUGGCCAGACGGUCAAUCCCUAUGAUGCCGACAGGACCCCGGGCGGGUCAUCUGGAGGCAGUGGCGCCAGUGUUGCUGCAUCAUUCGCGGUCUUCGCCCUGGGUACAGACACGAUAAACAGUGUACGUAAUCCAGCAAGUGCAAACAGCCUCUUCGGGCUACGUCCUACCAGAGGGCUUGUAUCGAGAGCUGGUGUCGUUCCCAACUCCCAUACACAGGAUGCCGUUGGGCCUAUCACACGAUGCGUUGAGGAUCUUGCUAUCGCUCUUUCGGUCAUUGCAAGCUCGCAGCUAGAUCCUGAAGACAACAGCACUGCACUUGUACCUCAGGGUAUUCGUGGGACGGAUUACCACAUGGAUCUUGCCUCUGGCUCUCUCAGUGGCAAGACGAUAGGAGUUCUUGAAACGUUUUUUGAUCGCACGUCGACCAACGAGACCGAGCCUGUCAAUGAAUCUAUAGAUGCAAUGAUCGCGCGAUUGCAAGAAGCCGGCGCCACUGUUGUACCAAUUGAUGAUCCAAUGUACAAUGUCAACGCUAUAAUCGCGUCGUGCGAGACUCAGAGAUUCGAGCUCAGGCAGGAGGUGGACACGUAUCUUUCGAGAGCGAGCCUCAAAGGGCAACAUCCUGCGACUCUUCAGGAUCUCUAUAGGGAGGGCAAUUCUUUCUUGGUGCUCCCACAGCAGUACGAGUUCAUAAAGGCUGUAUUGAAGGGUAGCACACAAGAUCUCGAGUACGAGGCAGUCUUGAACAACAUCCAAGAUCUGACCACGCAUCUGCAUGCAACCUUUGCUGCACACCACCUGGAUGCAAUCAUCUACCCACAGCAGAAGAAUCUUCCUGUGAGGAUUGGAUCUGCAUCUCAACAUGGACGUAACGGCAUUCUGGCCGGAGUGACUGGAUUCCCUUCACUGGCGCUACCCGUGGGCUUCAGUCAGGCUACCGACUCCGCCCCAAUCGGUAUCCCUAUCGGUAUCGAGCUGAUGGGCUUACCAUGGACAGAAGCAAAACUGCUGCAGAUUGCGCACGAGAUACAAGCUCUAACGCAGAUCAGAAAGCCCCCUGUGUGGACUAAUCGGCACAUACCUGUUCGAGAAUAUGCAGCUGUACCCAGCAUGAUGCCAAAGGAUAGCAACAGUAUCCCGUCGGCCUAUCCGCUUGGGCUUUUGUUGUAG